AUGACCUUAUUCCUCUCAAUCAAAGUUCAUUUCCAAGGUGUGUUCAUCAACAAACCUUUUUGCUAUUCUGAUGGUUUUCAUCAUGUGCUCGAGAACAUCGAUUUUGUUGACAUUGCUUAUCAACGAGGAGUACAAGUUCCUGUUUACAUGGACCAUUUUGGUACUACUGUGCACGUAACUAAGGCAAAUGAAAAUGAAAAUGAGGAUAACUGUUAUGUAAAGUAUAACAUAUCAAUCGAAAGAGAAGAAGGUAUUGACCUAACAGACUUCAUGAGUCCACAACAAAGCAACAUGGAAGGAGUAACCUAUGAAGGAGUUAGUCAGACAAAUGGAAAUAAGGAGGUCACAGAAGGUGAUCAAAAAGAUGAUGAAUAUGAUAAUGUCCCAUAUGUGAAAGGAAAACCGAUGUUUAAUGAAGACAUACAUUGGAAGAAGAAGUUGACAAUUCUAGACAACUGGAAAUGGUUCUUAGAAAACUUACAAGAAGAUCUGCAUCUUGAAGGUGGGUUUGGUAAGACAUUGAUGUCAGAUCAACAUAAUGGGAUAAUUGAAGCAGUGAAAGAUUUAUUUCCAGAGAUAAAACAUAGGGCCUCAACUAAACCUCUUUUCAUUUCUGCAAUGAAAGGGAUUCAAAUGAUUAGCCCUGCUGCUUAUGUGCAUCUUAUAGGAAGGAAUCCAAACUCAUGGUCAAGAGCAUUUUUUUCAAAUAGGAAGGGGGAUAUUAGAUUGUAUGUGAUGCAUAGGAUGUGUAGUUUGAGGCAGAAAGGAAGUGGAUGGGGACAUUUUGAUGUAUGCCCAAACAUAAGGUUUGCCAUAAAUGAAUUGAAGGCCCAACAAAGGUACUGGCAAGUGAUUCCUAGUAGCCUGGAUACGUUUGAAACAAGAAACUUAGGAGAGUCUUAUGGUGUUGAUUUGGAAAAGAAAACAUGUGCUUGUAGGAUUUGGCAAAUGAAUGGAUAUGGUUGUGUACAAUCAGUGGUAGCCAUUAGUUAUGUAAAAAGAGAUGUCGAGACAUUUGUUGAUCCUUUAUAUUGUGAUUGCAUAUAUAUGAACACCUACAAGUACUCAAUAAAAUGCAUGAAUGGGAUUGCAAUGUGGCCCCCAACAGACUACAUACCACCUUUGCCACCUUUGAAAAGGAAGAUGCUAAGGAGACCCACUGUUAAGAGAAAGAGGGACAAUACUAAGGUUAGUGGACCACACAUAGUAUCCAAGGUAGGGAAAAAGAUCAUCUGUGGUGUUUAUAAGAAAUCAAGCCACACUAAGUCAACAUGUGAUGCAAUGUCAAAGGCCCAAAAAAGUCAGGUCAUAAAGAGGAAGGUUGAAGGUGAAGGUGAAACGAGUGCAUUGAGGAAAGGGAAUGGUCAAGGGCAAUGUGGGUCAACAAGUGGUGUGAUUAAGAAGAAUGGUGAAAAAAUAGGUAUGUGA